ACCUGCUGGUGAAGGUGGUGCAGCUUCCCAAACCAUGUCCAGGACGGAGCCUCUGGGAGAUGCUGAGGGUCACAAGAAACCCCAUGAGCCAGCCAUAGUCAAGAUGCAAGUACUGAAGGAAAUGCAGCAGGAAGGACAAGCGAUGGACCAAAAAGCUGUACUGAAGGUGGCAUUUCCCGGGGUAAGUGGCGGCUCAUUGGAAGGCCCUGCAGGAAGGAAGGCGAUGCCAGACACGGGCACAGGCACAGCAGAUGAAGUGUCAGGGAAGGCUUCUCCAUUAACUUGGCUGCAUAAAGUUUUGGUCCUAUCUGAGCCACCGUCAGGUGUGUCUGCAGGGAGGACUUCUCCAGCUCCUUUGCUGAUUCGUACACAGAAGCCCAGCUCCCAUCACAGGAAUCCUACGAGGGGAAAGAACAAAGGCAAAGGACACCAGAAACCCCAUGAGCCAUCCAAAAACAUGAGGCAAAUGCUGAAAGAAUUGCUGCAGGCAGGACAAGUGGAUGGAGAGGCUGGGCAGAAGGUGGCGUUUCCCGAAGGAAGCAGUGGCUCCAUGCCAGCCUCUGUUGCAGGAAGGGAGGUGAUGCCAGGCACAGGCAGAGGAGACUGGGAUCGUGACAUGGAUUCCAUGCUCGUCUUUCUGGAUGAGAGUUUGAAGACCUCGGCAGAUAGUAGAGCUAACCCGGCUGGUGAAACUGAUCUGGCUUCCCAACCCACGUUCAGGAAUGAGCCUCUGGGAGGUUCUGAGGGUGUGUCUGCAGGGAGGACUUUCCCAGGUCCAUUGGUGGAUGUUGCACGCAGGCCCAGCUCCCAUCGCAGGGGUCUCCUGAGAUUGGAGAACAAACUUAGAGGAGAGAGUAAGUUCCUGGAGGCAUCCAAACACAUGGAGAAGAUGCUGAGUGAUCUGGAGAGAAGACAAGAAGUGGAUGGAGACGCUGGGCAGAAGGCGGCAUUUCCCGAAGGAAGCAGUGGUUCCAUGCCAGCAUCUGCUGUAGGACUGGAGGCGAUGCCAGGCACAGUCACAGGAGGAUGGGAUAAAGACAUGGAUUAUCUGGAAAACCUGCUGGAUUAUGGCUUGAGAUUCAUGGGAAAUCCUGGAGGCAAGUGCUCAAUGUACCUUUCCUGAGAGAAUACACAGUGACCAGGUGGCAAGAGCUCAUAUAUUUGCCCUUUCACUUAAGAUCAUCUGAAGGUUGAUGGAAUACGGAAAAUUUGCCCUGCUCCGUUCUGGAGCCCUGAGGGAUCCCACAGGAUCACUGUCAGUGGGAGGAAGGAGCAUUUAGCUGCUCCAUAUUCCUC